AAAAAAAAUGGCAGCAGCAGGUGGAAUAAUGAGCAGGUGCAUGAUAAUGUAUGUGUCCUUGACCUCUCUCCUCCUCAUCGCGGCGGACGCCGCCACCCCCAGCGACUUCUGCGCCACCGCGGUGGACAAGAAGCUGUGCGAGGAGACGGUGAAGGGGACAAUGGACUGGAACCAUGCCAUAAUCAAGGCGUUGCAAGCGGCCAUGAGCCAGCUUGAUAAGGUGGACGAUGGCCAGGUGAAAGCCACCGUCCACAAGAGCAAGUCCGCCUCCAUGGCCUCCACCAUUGAUAAAAUUUGCACCGAGGCAUACACCAACACCCACGACAGGUUGUACGAGAGCCUGAGACUGGUGCGGAACGGGGAGAAGACGGGGAGCUUGAACUUCAAGCUGUCGGCGGCGUUGACCAGCCUCGAAGACUGCACCAACGCCUUCAGCGACUUCAACCUCGACAUGUCCGGCGUCGAGGCCUUGAACAGCAACGUCGAAAACGCCAUUCGGGUCUGUUUGGCCGUAGAGAAAUACAACUCCUCCGGCCGCCACCAUGAAUACAAACACCAGUAGGGCCGCCGGGAUAUAUAGAAUUCGACUAUACAUACAUAUAUUCUCCGUGACACAAAUAAAUUUAAAUAAAAUAAACGCCUACAAAUUCAUUUUAUAUCUCCAUGCAUGCUUUCGUGUAAUUAAUUAUGAACUGCUUGCAGGGAAAAAAAAAAGAAAAGAAAGAAGGUUAUUUAAU